AUGGCAGAGAGAAUGUCCAUUCUUAAUGAAACCCAGUUCCAUCCUUCUUUGUUCCUCCUCUUGGGUAUCCCAGGGCUGGAAGAUAUGCACAUCUGGAUUGGAUUCCCCUUUUUCUUUGUGUAUCUUGUGGCACUCCUGGGGAAUGCUACUGUUCUGUUUGUGAUCCAGACUGAGCAUAGUCUCCACGGGCCCAUGUACUACUUCCUGGUCAUGCUGGACUCCAUUGACCUGGGCUUAUCCACAGCCACCAUCCCCAAAAUGCUGGGAAUCUUCUGGUUCAGCCUCAGGGACAUAUCUUUUGAAAGCUGCCUUUCCCAGAUGUUCUUCAUCCACUUCUUCACCGCCAUGGAGAGCAUUGUGUUGGUGGCCAUGGCCUUUGAUCGCUACAUUGCCAUUUGUAAGCCCCUUCGGUACACCAUGAUCCUCACCAGCAAAAUCAUCAGCAUCAUUGCAGGCAUCGCUAUUCUGCGGAGCUUAUGCAUGGUGGCUCCAUUGGUGUUUCUCCUCCUGAGGUUGCCCUUCUGUAGGCACCAUAUCAUCCCUCAUACCUACUGUGAGCACAUGGGCAUUGCCCGUCUGGCCUGUGCUAGCAUCAAACUCAACAUAAUAUUUGGUCUUGGGGAUAUGUCUAUUUUAUUAUUGGAUGUGCUUCUUAUUACUCUUUCUUAUGUCAGGAUCCUCUAUACUGUCUUCUGUCUGCCCUCCUGGGAAGCCCGGUUCAAAGCUCUCAAUACAUGUGGCUCCCAUAUUGGUGUUAUUUUAGCCUUUUUCACACCAGCAUUUUUCUCUUUCUUAACACAUCGUUUUGGCCACAACAUCCCCCCAUAUAUCCACAUCCUCUUAGCCAAUCUAUACGUGGUCGUUCCACCAGCCCUCAAUCCUAUAAUCUAUGGGGUUAGGACCAAGCAGAUUAGGGAGCGAGUUUUAGGGAUUCUUUUUUUAAAAAAAGAUGGUUAA